ACCAGCAGCUAAAAUAAGACUUUUCAUAGUUUUAUAUAAAAAAAAAAACCUGCUGUCCUGUGUUUUUUUCCAAAGAAAUGAGUGGAAAGUUUGUGAGUGCUCUGCAGCUGGAGGCUGAGGUCAGUCAGGAAGCAGAGGGGAGGGUAGGGGAGGGCCAGGACAGGCUGGAAGUCUGCCUCCAGCACCUUUUAUAAACAUUCACACACCUACAGCUCAGCGUUCACACACGUCCACGCAUCCCGCCUGUUUCUGCAUCCUCGCACCGACGCCUGCCACUUCAUCCUGACGGUCGUCUCAGAGGGAGAAGCCUCGUGGAUUUAAGUUUUUUGCUGUCACGUUAUUUCUGAUUAAGUCAUUAAAAAAAAAAAACAACAACAGCUGCAACCAUUUCACCUCCACCCRUCAUGUACAGCUCCAGCUACUCCCGGGCCAAGCUGGGCCUGGAGGCGAGGGACAAGCUGCACAAACCGAAGGGCAAGAGCUGCAGCUACUACAUGAAGAUCUUUUUAUUCUUUUCAUCCCUCAUCCAGUCGCUCAUCAUCGUCAGCCUGGUGCUCUUCCUCAUCUACGGACAGCCCGAGAAAACCGCGGAGGAGCAAAGGGUCAAGGAGCUGGAGCUCAGCUUCCAGAAGGUGAGCGACCACAACGUGGGGCUGAGGAAGAAUACAAGCGACCUGAGAGCCCAGCUGGCAGCUCGGACCGCAGAAAAAGCAUCUCUGGAACGAGUUGUACUGAAGCUGAAAAGUGAUGCCAACAACACAGAACAGGAGCUGAAGAAAAAAAUAGUGGCUGAGAUUCAGUCCCUGUCCAGUCAGCUGGAGGUCCUGAACCGCUAUUUGACCUCUGACCUGCAGCAGUGUAAACAAACACACAGUGAGGCCGUUUCCAAGGCGGCCAAGGACUUGGAGCUCAAACAAAAAGCUCACGAUGACCAAGUGGAAAAAUUACUGAUCGAGCAGAACCAACUGAGAGAGCAGAGGAGACUUCAGGACCUCACACUCGCCCAGAAAGACAAAGAGAUUCAGGCGCUGCAGGGAAUGCUGCCCAACAGUAAGGCCGGUCCUCCGAACACUGGUUCUCUGCAGACGGCGUUCCAGCAGGUCCGACAGCCUGCGGCWAACUUGGCCCACGGCAGCACAGCUGGCGUCAGCAAAGCUCCAACAGUGGGAUAGAUUCGACGWCGAACCCUCCUCCACUUGCAAUUUUGGAACGAGUGAACCAACUCCAGCUGUGAUCAACAUUCUUAUAAAUAAUGUAUAUAAACAGCACGAGCUGCACGUACAGCAAAAAACAAACAUCUUAUCCUUUUUUAUAUGGAGUUUAUAAAAUAAGCUUUAAAAAGUUUCUGUAUUUUUAAGACCAGAUGGAUGUAAAAAAUGUGAGUUACACGGGUGUAAAUAUUUAUUUUCUGUGUCUCACUGCAGUUUCUAUAGAGUGGAAAAUCAAGUAAAAACAGACUGUGUAAUAUUAUUGUCAUCCGUCUCCUUUGCCUUUCUGGCAAUGAAUGAAAAAACCUAAAAGCACCAAAGAUUUAAGACGGAAACUCAAGCUGCAGCUGCUUCUUUUCACUCUUUAAAUAGCUGCACUUCAAUUUUCCGAUGAUUCAUAUGGAUUUCUGACGCAGACAGACGUUCAUCUAAACAUAAACACAUCAUCAAAUCUGCGGGGCGGCUCUUAACACAACAGGUCAAACCCUUUGUGUUUAUGAUGAGACAAAAACGGGUCAGCACUCUUAACUGCCAUCUUUAUGGCACUUUUUUACAGUUUUAGUAGCUGUUAUAGGAACUGUUCAAACUUUACUGCUUCCUUUUCCUUUCAGAAGCAAAGAAGCACAAACAGUUCUGCAGCUGGUGUCCUUUUUUAUGAAUAUAAUGGGUUCAUUUUGGUACACAUGAAGAGACAAAUAAAAACUGAUUUUAUGUCAGAGAAAAUAAAUAUAGCUCAGUUAAAAUCAUCUGAAAGGUCCUCUCAUCACUACGACUUUUGUAAAUGUUGUACACUUUAUAAAAUAAAAUACCAAAUUCUUACACA